UUCUCCAACGAUGAUUGAAUCCAUUAAGCACCGAUUUGGGCGGAUUUAUUCCGGGUAAUUUUUGGCAGAUUCCAAAGAGGGUACCAUCACAGAUUUCGGGCGAUUUAUCCGAAAUGCCUUUUUCUUUCGAUUCUGGAGGCUACAGAUCACAGAAUGAGGCCGAGGCUGUUCUCCACCGAUGAUGAAGUCUAUUGAUCCUAUUCUCCACGGAUGAUAAGUCCGUUAAGCAUCGACUUGAGCCAAUUUAUUUUCGAAUGGCAUUUUCGUAAUUUCUUGGGCGACGAAAGGCCAUUUUCUUUGGAUAUUGAAGGCUACAGAUCACAGAUUCGGCCUAUGGCUAUUCUCCAAGAUGAUUGAGUCCAUUAAGCACCGAUUUGCGCGAAUUUAUUCCGGGUCAAUUUUUGGCAAAUUCCAAAGGGGUACCAUCACAGAUUUCGGGCGAUUUAUCCGAAAUGUCAUUUUUAUUCGAUUCUGGAGGCUACAGAUCACGGAAUCAGGCCGAGGCUAUUCUCGACCGAUAAUGAAGUCUAUUGAUUCUAUUCUCCACGGAUGAUAAGUCCGUUAAGCAUUGAUUUGGGCCAAUAUAUUUUCAAAUGGCAUUUUCGUAAUUUCUUGGGCGACGAAAGGCCAUUUUCUUUGGAUAUUGAUGGCUACAGAUCACGGAUUCGGCCUGAGGCUAUUCUCCAACAAUGAUUGAGUGCAUUAAGCACCGAUUUGGGAGGAUUUAUCCCGGGUCAAUUUUUGGCAGAUUCCAAAGGGGUACCAUAACAUAUUUCGGGCGAUUUAUCCGAAAUGCCAUUUUCUUUCGAUUCUGGAGGCUACAGAUCACGGAUUCAGGCCGAGUCUAUUCUCCACCGAUAAUGUAGUCUAUUGAUCCUAUUCUCCAAGGAUGAUAAGCCAGUUAAGCAUCGGUUUGGGCCAAUUUAUUUUCGAAUGGCAUUUUCGUAAUUUCUUGGGCGACGAAAGGCCAUUUUCUUUGGAUAUUGAAGGCUACAGAUCACGAAUUCGGCCUGAGGCUAUUCUCCAACGAUGAUUGAGUCCAUUAAGCACCGAUUUGGGCGGAUUUAUUCCGGGGCAAUUUUUGGCAGAUUCCAAAGGGGUACCAUCACAGAUUUCGGGCGAUUUAUCCGAAAUGCCAUUUUCUUUCGAUUCCGGAUGCUACAGAUCACGAAAUCGGGCCGAGGCUAUUCUCCACCGAUAAUGAAGUCUAUUGAUACUAUUCUCCACGAAUGAUAAGUCCGUUAAGCAUCGAUUUGGGACAAUUUAUUUUCGAAUGGCAUUUUCGUAAUUUCUUGGGCGACGAAAGGCCAUUUUCUUUGGAUAUUGAAGGCUACAGAUCACGGAUUCGGCAUGAGGGUAUUCUCCUACGAUGAUUUAGUCGAUUAAGCACCGAUUUGGGCGGAUUUAUUCCGGGUCAAUUUUUGGCAGAUUCCAAAGGGGGUACCAUCACAGAUUUCGGGCGAUUUAUCCGAAAUGUCAUUUUCUUUCGAGUCUGGAGGCUACAGAUCAUGGAAUCAGGCCGAGGCUAUUUUGCACCGAUAAUGAAGUCUAUUGAUCUUAUUCUCCACGGAUGAUAAGCCAGUUAAUCAUCGAUUUGGGCCAAUUUAUUUUUGGAUGACAUUUUCGUAAUUUCUUGGGCGACUAAAGGCCAGUUUCUUUGGAUAUUGAAGGCUACAGAUCACGGAUUCGGCCUGAGGCUAUUCUCCAACGAUGAUUGAGUCUAUUAAGCACCGAUUUAGGCGGAUUUAUUCCGGGUCAAUUUUUGGCAGAUUGCAAAGGGGUACCAUCACAGAUUUCGGGCUAUUUAUCCGAAAUGCCAUUUUCUUUCGAUUCCGGAGGCUACAGAUCACGGAAUCAGGCCGAGGCUAUUCUCCACCGAUAAUGAAGUCUAUUGAUCCUAUUCUCCACGGAUGAUAAGUCCGUUAAUCAUCGAUUUGGGCCAAUUUAUUUUCGAAUGGCAUUUUCGUAAUUUCGUGGGCGACGAAAGGCCAUUUUCUUUGGAUAUUGAAGGCUACAUAUCACGGAUUCGGUCUAGGGCUAUUCUCCAACGAUGAUUGAGUCCAUUAAACACAUAUUUGGGCGGAUUUAUUCCGGGUCAAUUUUUGGCAGAUUCCAAAGGGGCACCUUCACAGGUUUCGGGGGAUUUAUCCGAAAUGCCGUUUUCUUUCGAUUCUAGAUGCUACAAAUCACGGAAUCAGGUCGAGGCUAUUCUCCACCGAUAAUGAAGUCUAUUGAUCCUAUUCUCCACGGAUGAUAAGUCGGUUAAACAUCGAUUUGGGCCAAUUUAUUUUCGAAUGACAUUUUCGUAAUUUCUUGGGCGACGAAAGGCCAUUUUCUUUGGAUAUUGAAGGCUAUAGAUCACGGAUUCGGCCUAAGGCUACUCUCCAAAGAUGAUUGAGUCCAUUAAGCACCGAUUAGUGCCGAUUUAUUUUCGGUCAAUUUUUGGAAUAUUCCAAAGGGGUACCAUCACAAAUUUCGUGCGAUUUAUCCGAAAUGCCAUUUUCUUUCGAUUCUGGAGCCUACAGAUCAAGGAAUCACGCCGAGGCUAUUCUCCACCGAUAAUGAAGUCUAUUGAUCCUAUUCUCCACGGAUGAUAAGCCCGUUAAUCAUCUAUUUGGGCCAAUUUAUUUUCGAAUGGCAUUUUCGUAAUUUCUUAGGCGACGAAAGGCCAUUUUCUUUUGUUAUUGAAGACUACAGAUCACGGGUUCGGCCUGACGGUAUUCUCCAACGAUGAUUGAGUCUAUUAAGCACCGAUUUGGGCGGAUUUAUUCCGGGUCAAUUUUUGGCAGAUUCCAAAGGGGUACCAUCACAAAUUUCGGGCUAUUUAUCUGAAAUGCCAUUUUCUUUUGAUUCUGGAGGCCACAAAUCACGGAAUCGGGAUUAGGCUAUUCUCCAUCGAUAAUGAAGUCUAUUGAUCCUAUUCUCCACGGAUGAUAAGUCCGUUAAGCAUCAAUUUGGGCCAAUUUAUUAUCGAAUGGCAUUUUCGUAAUUUCUUGGGCGACGAAAGGCCAUUUUCUUUGGAUAUUGAAGGCUACAGAUCACGAAUUCGGCCUGAGGCUAUUCUCCAACGAUGAUUGAGUCCAUUAAGCACCGAUUUGGGCGGAUUUAUUCCGGGUCAAUUUUUGGCAGAUUCUAAAGGGGUACAGUCACAUAUUUCGAGCAUUUUAUCCGAAAUGCCAUUUUCUUUCGAUUCUGGAGGCUACAGAUCACCAAAUCAGGCCGAGGCAAUUUUCCACCGAUAAUGAAGUCUAUUGAUCCUA